AAAGCGGCUGGCAGAAGUUCUGGCACUGUCCAACCCCCAAACCCGCGCGAUGUGUUCGCCUAUUUCCUCCGUGUGUAAACCAGUCCAGCUCUCCGUCUCACUGACAGAUACAGGCUUGAUGACCCACUAGAGUUAGUUAAGAUAGUUAACAUUAGAAGACCAAGUCACGACGAAGAAAAUAUAUAAUUUAAAGCCCAAAUAACAAACACUGAAAAUAAAUACGGUAGCAGGAGCUCACAGUGUGGAAAUACUACUGCCCAAAUUAAGGUCAGUGUGUGUAAGUCUCUGAAUCUCAGUGAUGUUCUCCUGCCGCUCUUUCCUGCUGCUGCUGCUCAGUGUCUGCAGCCUGACUGCUCCUUCACUGACUCUGCCCUUUGAGCAGAGAGGAUUCUGGGACUUUGCUAUGGACGGAGAAGGAGGAGAUCUGACGACAGUAAUGAUGAGAGAUGAAGAGGGAUCAGCUCUGGAGGAGCUGCCACCGGAUGUGUCUAUAUGCCCCUUUGGUUGCCAUUGUCAAGUCAGCGUGGUGCAAUGCUCAGACCUGAGUUUGACUGCAGUGCCCAGAGAAAUUCCCAGAGACACAAAACUCCUGGACCUACAGAACAACCGUAUCACAGAGCUGAAGGAGAACGACUUCAAAGGACUUACAAACCUCUAUGCCCUGUCACUGGUCAACAACAAGAUCUCCAAAGUCCACCCACGAGCCUUCACACCCCUCCGAAACUUAAAAAAGCUUUAUUUUUCCCGGAACCUCCUGACAGCGGUACCCCAGAACCUUCCCCCAUCCCUGGUGGAGCUGCGGAUUCAUGAGAAUCGUAUUAAGAAGGUUGCAGAAGGAACGUUCUCUGGUCUGGGCAGCAUGAACUGCAUUGAGAUGGGCGGAAACCCUAUUCAGAACAGCGGCUUUGAGCCUGGCGCUUUCAAAGGGCUGAAACUCAACUACCUGCGCAUCUCUGAGGCCAAACUCACUGGAAUACCAAAAGACCUCCCUGACAGUCUUCAUGAGCUCCAUUUGGACAAUAACCAGAUCCAAGCCAUUGAACUAGAGGACCUGAGCCGCUAUAAACACCUGUACAGAUUGGGUCUGGGUUUUAACCAUAUCCGCAUGAUUGAGAAUGGCAGCCUAUCAUACGUCCCUAAUCUGAGGGAGCUGCAUUUGGAAAACAACCGGCUGACCCGCGUCCCGAGGGGCCUGCCAGACAUGAAGUACCUGCAGGUGGUCUACCUUCAUUCCAACAACAUAAGUCAAGUGACCAUUAAUGACUUCUGCCCUCAAGGUUUUAACAUAAAGAGGAGCUUCUACAAUGGCAUCAGCCUCUUUGGCAACCCGGUUAACUACUGGGAGGUUCAGCCUGCCACCUUCCGCUGUGUUGGUGACCGAUUGGCCAUUCAGUUUGGAAACUAUAAGAAAUAGAGAAAGGAUGAAAGGGAAAUUUGGGGACCAAUAAUAAUGCUGGAAUUGAAACAAAACAGAAGAAAAACUUUGGAGAAAGUGGGUGUCGACAAACAGUGUUUCCAAAUAGUUUUUAAUAUGUAUCUUUGGAUGUAUUUGUUUGUGAAGUCUAAAGAGAAAAGGCAAGAGCAAUAAAAAUAAGUAUUGGAAAAUAAAAAAGAAACCUAAGGAAUUUGAUCUCUUACAACUGGCUCUAUUUGCAAAACCAGUAUAAUGGUCAUUGUUUCGUAAGUGUGUUGCCGUAAAGUCUUAACAUUAUCAGUUCACUUUGUAAGGGCUUGUUGUUCGCUCGACACUUUUACAAUAAUAUUAUUGAUGUGUACUGUUAUGUUGUUAUUAUUUUAUAUUAGUUUAUGUUGUAUUAUUAAUAGUAUGGUUUGGAUGGAAUGUUGAAAUGGUAAGGUUGAAUCUAAAUGUUAAAUUUAUGGUGCUUAUAAGUGUAUCUGUGUUGUUUGUCGAGUUUUAGAUUACUUUUUUCUCCUUUUUUGUGUCAUUGCCUUGCUUCCUUGCUUCAGGGGUCUUAUUGUCGUGGGAGUACUUUAGGGCAAUGGAGGAACUUUACACAGACACAAUAUAAUUAUGUCUUCAAGAUUCAGUCAAUCAGAUGCCUGAUGUUCUUACCCAGCCCUCUUGGCUUCGAGGCUGAUUCAGAAAAGGAUUGUAAUGAUAUGUUAUUUUGCACAGUUUCUCUAUGAAUUCCAAAUCUUUCCUUGUAGCCUGUUGUUAGUGUGAUUUUUCUCUUGCAGUACCACUGCAUGCAUGUAGGCUACUGUGGCGCACACUGCUGCAUGUUCCAAUAAAAUAUCUUUCAGCUUGACUUCAGGAGCAGAAGUGGCAUACCAUCAUGGUUUGAAAGCUGUGACUAAUAAAACUUGAGUUAACAAGAAUGCCAAAUAUUGAUUGAGUGAAUUAUCAAGGACAAUGUCAAUGGGUCAUCAUUCUACUUGUUGCAAACCAUGCCAGCGAAAUUCCAGAUUUUAUACAUAAAAAUAAAAUUAUUAAAUCUU